GGGCCGGGUUGAGUCCGUCCGGGGCGGAGCGGGGGCAAGGCGGCGUCCGGGCUUCUCGCGUCGGGGUCCGGGCCGAGCGUCUGCACUCCUCCGCGGCGGCGGCGGGGGCGUUCGGGCCAUGGCGGCCGAGGCGCGCGUGUCGCGCUGGUACUUCGGCGGACUGGCGUCCUGCGGCGCCGCCUGCUGCACGCACCCACUGGACCUGCUCAAGGUGCACCUGCAGACGCAGCAGGAGGUGAGGCUGCGCAUGACGGGCAUGGCGCUGCGGGUGGUGCGCUCUGACGGCCUUCUGGCGCUCUACAACGGCCUGAGCGCCUCCCUAUGCAGACAGAUGACCUACUCCCUGACUCGCUUUGCCAUCUACGAGACCGUGCGGGACCAGGUGGCCAAGGGCAGCCAGGGCCCCCUGCCCUUCUACAAGAAGGUCUUGCUGGGCUCCAUCAGCGGGUGCAUUGGUGGCUUCGUGGGGACUCCUGCGGACAUGGUCAAUGUCAGGAUGCAGAAUGACAUGAAGCUGCCCUUGGAUCAGCGCCGCAACUACGCCCACGCCCUGGACGGCCUGUACCGCGUGGCCCGCGAAGAGGGUCUGAAGAAGCUGUUCUCGGGCGCGACCAUGGCGUCCAGUCGAGGGAUGCUGGUCACCGUGGGCCAGCUGUCCUGCUAUGACCAGGCCAAGCAGCUGGUCCUCAGCACGGGGCACCUGUCUGAUGGCAUCUUCACUCACUUCAUUGCCAGCUUCAUCGCGGGUGGAUGCGCCACGGUCCUCUGCCAGCCCCUGGACGUGCUCAAGACCCGCCUGAUGAACGCCAAGGGCGAGUACCAGGGGCAGGGGUCCAGCUCUCGUGUCGCUUCGCGUCUUCCGCAGGGGGUCCUGCACUGCGCCAUGGAGACGGCCAAGCUCGGGCCCUUGGCCUUUUACAAGGGCCUCGUGCCAGCCGGCAUCCGCCUCAUGCCCCACACCGUGCUCACCUUCGUGUUUCUGGAACAGCUUCGCAAACACUUUGGCAUCAAGGUGCCGUCCUGAUGUGGCCUCCGAGCGGCCGGGUCACGCCCAGCGCCCCCCCCCCCGCAGUUUCUUCCGGCGUCCAGGAGGGGGCGGCCAAGCUCGGCCUGAGCCCCGCCCCUGCCGCCGCGCCCCGGCCCCUCCCCCCAGCGCCGGGCCUCACCCCCGCCUGCCUGGGGGUCCGGAGACCAUCCACCCUUCCCGAGCUGCCAGCUUCACCUCCUCCCGCUGCCUACCUGGCAUCCAGCAGCUGCUUCUCUGCACAGUGACCCCUCUGAGGCGGGGGUGGAGGGGGGGUGCCACAUCCAGGGGUUUCUUUGUCCCCAAGUAGGCAGUGAACCCUGGAGCUGGGGAGGGUCUGGGCCCUGCCUCUUCUCCAAGCCCCCGAAUCUCUUCCUCUCAGGAAGCCCAGCUCCUGCAGGGUCUUCCAGCAGCUUCCGCUGCAGACGUGGGUGGCAGGAGAGGGGGUCCCCCAGCUUCACUCGCCAAACAUGUGCACACGCUCUUUCACCCUAGGAGAGGGACCAUAGCUUUAUGAGGUUAUCCGGGGUGGCGGGGCCCCACAGCUCCCAGACCAGUGCAGAAUGAGCACCCGGGAGGGAGCUCCGGGUUUCAGGAGCCCUGGCCACCCCUCCCCCAGUUGCUCUAACACUUACCAAAACCUUUUGGUGCUGGAAGGCUGCUGCUGUCCUCAGGGAGUGAGCGGUGUCCGUGCGUGGCUCCCUGGGCAGGAGUGGCAGCACCGCAGGGGUGGCCAUCUGCACAGCAGUCACCUGUCAGGCCCCCAGCAGCUGAUCAGCCAAAGUGCCACCACCUAGGUUCUGCCACCAAAACAGCCUGCUGAGGUCACCUGGGCACCGUGCCCCCUCCCCCUCCUCCCAGCAGGUGGCCAGCAGGGCCCCGUCGCCCUGCCAGGGGGUUAAUAAAGGUUGGGGGCCUGCCAA